AUGGGCGUGGUCAGACGUGGCAGUGACGUCACGUCGCACGUCUCCAGCUCCGGAAAAUCUGGAGUCGCACCGUGUCUUCAGCACUUUUCAAUCAUCCGGAGCAUCGGGCGAGGAGCGUUUGGAAAAGUUUGUAUUGUGCAGGAAAGGAAGACGAAAAAGUAUUUUGCGCUGAAAUAUAUGAACAAACGGAGGUGUAUAGAGAAGGGAGUGGCUGCCAAUGUAAUCAGAGAGCUCACAUUGCUCAGCAAAAUAUCACAUCCUUUUAUUGUGAACCUAUGGUACACAUUCCAGGAUCCGGACUACAUGUAUAUGGUGUCUGAUCUAUUACUUGGAGGAGAUCUCCGGUAUCAUUUGAGUCAACAGGGAAAGUUCGCUGAAGAUCGAGCUAAAUUGUAUUUAUGUGAGAUUUGUUUGGCAGUGGAGUACUUACACGAGAUGAAAAUAGUGCAUCGAGACAUCAAACCAGAGAACAUUUUGCUCGAUGAACAAGGACACGCCCACUUGACGGAUUUGAAUUUGGCGACUCAAUUGGCAGAUGAUCAAUUGGCAACGUCGUAUUCUGGGACGAGACCGUAUAUGGCACCGGAGAUAUAUGCAACGUAUUUAGAAUUGGAGGAUGGUUAUGAUAGUCGAGUGGAUUGGUGGGCAUUGGGAGUUUGUUAUUAUGAAAUGCUUCGUGGAAGGACACCGUUUGAAUUUAGCUCAAGAACUAAACCAGAAGAGGCCUAUGUAGCGUUUCGCGAUGCCUCGAUUCCCUAUCCUGCUCAUUGGCCAACAGAUCUCAUCCACUUUAUCAAUGCAAUGCUGAAAUUCGACAAAGAAAAACGUUUAGUCGGAUUGGAAGCAAUCAAAAAGCAUGCAUACACAGAACGAAUAGAUUUCAAAAGUGUUUUCGAAAGAAAGCCAGCACCAGUAUUUAUUCCAUGUAAAGAGGGUCUCAACUGUGAUCCGAUGUAUGAACUUGAGGAGCGAAUUUUAGUUUCAACACCGAUUCAUCGACGAAGAACUAAUCAUAAUAAUAGCUCGGGGCGGAGCUCCAGUGAACCACAGAAUGCCGCGUUGGUUGAGGUGUCCAAGGCAUUCAUCGACUUCUCUCGUCACAACAUGAAAAUCGAACCAAACGGAGUUUGUAGAUCCAAUUAG